UGGUCGCUGGUCUCCCUGGUAGCUGGCAGUGAUGGCUGGCUUGACACCUCUGGUCUUAGUUUAGAACACAGGAGACAGACUUCGUGGAGGAGGGUUUUUAACUCGUCCUUGUCAUGGACUGGAAAGAAGGUCAUGGAGCAGGGCCUGGCCUUGUUCAGGGACAGAUACCAGGACAAGACCAGGUAGUAGGAGGAGGGGAAGGACCUGCACCAAUUCCUGCAGGUUUAGAGGCUUUGUAUGCAAGAUGUCGCAGUAUCUACCCUGACCAGCUCAACCCACUCCAAGUCACUGCUCUUGUCAAGUAUUGGCUGGGUGGACCUGACCCUCUCGACUACAUCAGUAUGUAUGCUAAUGCAGGGAACCCUAAAUUAAAUAUUCCUGCACAUUGGCACUAUGUCAGCUUCGGUUGCUCUGAUCUUCAUGGUGAUGGCAGGGUUCAUGAGCAGACUGGGCCGGAGAACCCCAGUGGCUUUGGCUUUGAGUUGACCAUGCGCUUGAAGAGAGAAGAGGGAGAGAAGAGUCCACCCACCUGGCCGGCAGCUAUUAUGCAAGCCUUAUCAAAAUAUGUAUUUCAGUCUGAGUCCUUAUUGUGUGUUGGUGACCAUGUGUCUUGGCACUGCCCACUGGACAACAGUGAAUCUCGGGUUCAACACAUGUUGAUGGGUGAGGAUCCUCAGCUAGGCAGCGUCACAACUCCUAAUGGUUCCGUCCAGUUUGUGCAGAUUGUUGGAGUGACUACAGAAGAACUGAGAGCUGCUCAACACUGGAAUGGUGUCGGUGUCCUCGACAUUAUAAAGCGAAUGCCAAGUGCAGGAGGUCCAUGGAUGGUGACGGAUAUGCGUAGAGGAGAGAGUAUUUACGAACUGGAGCCGUCGGUGGCGGAAGAAGUGGAAAACGGAAUAGAGAAUGAGGGUUCUAAUCUUUCUGGUGUGUCUGCCAGAAUAGCCUGGGCAGAAGCAGAACUUGGAAGUAUGGUCCCAAGCUCCCCACAGAUCCCAAGGACAGACCUCGAACAAGAACCUGAAGCAUCGCCACGUAUAACGCACGUGGAGAGUGAACAGAUUAAGAGCACGCUACAGAAGGGACUCAUGCAAGGUGCUAACAAGGGCUGUGGGAACCGUGGUGUGCAGGAAGGGAAGCCUGGCAGUGAGAUAGAUGCGGAGGGGAACAUAGCCACCACAGACUCGGCAGAACUAUUUGUCACGCGGAGGCUGGAGUCUGUUCACCUGACCAUCAACCUGGAAUCUGGGGCGCUACUGCCUCUUGCUCUCAGGGGACGGUUAAAACACGGUCGACACUUCACCUUCAAGUCCGUUGUUGACAUUGGGGCAGUAACUCUGGUGCCUCCUGCUGUAGCCGGUGCUUUUGUGGAUGCUGCGUGUCCCUAUGCCAGCCGUGGCCCCUGGCUCCAGAUCUUCAUACCUGACGACUUCCUUCCUCUCAUGGCGGCAGACUUGGCUGACCUUGCUGAUCCUGAAGAGGUAACUCUGCCAACAACAUUCAGAUGGCCCAACAAGAAAUUAACGAUCACAGUUGUGGCGGAGGAAGUCUAAAUAGUUAUACUGUACACGUAUUAUGAUUAACCAACUGUGCGAGGGGGUUACUGCUGAAAACAUUAUCCACCUUACAGUAGUAAGUGAUGUGCCCUGUACCUUCUGAUAAUGAUGGACAGUACCACCACCUGAAGUACAGUCACCCACAAAAGUCCUGUCAUCUCUCUUGCUGUUCCACAAACCCCUGAAACAGAUAGACACGUGCAUUUUUCUGUCCAUAAAGGCUUCAGAUUCACGAGUCUGAAUCUUGGGGUUCGUUGUUCAUGAAAAGAGGCAGCAGAACUUAUAUGGGUGACUGUACAUGUUAGUUCUACUAUCAGUGCUGGCACUCCUGUUGAGGUAACUAUUACCAACAAAGAUGCAGUGUGAAAGAUGUUUUUUUUUAUAAUGAAAACUAUUUUGGUCUUAAUGAGAAUGGCUGAAAGAAUCCACACAUUGAAAGUAUUGUAUACCCUUGAGUUAUUAUAUGUGAUUUUAAUUAUAUUGUUGAUGAUAUUAUUAAUUGGUUUUUACAUAUACAGUACUCUAGUUAAUGAGUAACUCAGUCAAUAGGUUUUAAUUAUUUACUGUAAUUUGUAAACUUUUUCUUUAUUAGUUGAUUUCAAGCUAAUGUUAAUGAAGUUAAGGUAAUUAAGCUUCAUUUACUAAUCAGGAGUUGCUGUGAAUUACCCAUCAAAAUCAUCUAAAAGUUCACGAAGACCUGAGAUUUUCCUUUCUUCAUUUGUAACUUAAAAGUCCUUUUUAUAGUGUACAGGUAUUUGUUUUGUGUGGUUGGUGCCCUUGUGCCUGUGAGUCCACCUAUAUUAUGGAACCCAAAGAUAGUCUAUGUUAUACAAUAGUGUGGUAGACUAGAACAAUGUUAAGUGAAUUAUGUAAAGUGAUGGAAGAAAUAAUACUCAAAGAGGACAAAUGAGUGAGAAGUUGUAUCACUCAAUGUCACUUGUCACUUUGCUUGCCAAUCAGAUGACCCACACUCACUCCUUGCUCAUUCACUUCCAGACCAUAGUUUAUCUUGAUGUCUUGUCAUGUCAUGUCAUGUCAUGUACUGGCUUUACAAAACUUUCCCUCUCUCACGAUCAAAUUCAUUGUUAGUAAGUGUAACUUGUCUGUAAAGCAAGUGGUAAUAUAGGUGAUUGCUGAACUGUUGUAUGAGUAUAAGGCAAUUCCCUUUAUCCUAAUUCCAACUAUUCAAAUUUUCCAAUUAUCAGAACUUUUGUCCCCUUUGGUCCUGUCCAGUUAAAAUUCUAAUUUAGUCCAACAAUUCGAACGCAAAUGAAGUCAUUCGAUUGGUUGUCUGUCACCAGUGGCACUGUAACUGCUUUGUUUACAAGUGUGCCGAGUUUUUUGGUUGAUGGAAGGUGUUGGCUCUAUGAUAAACAAUAAAUAUGAUACACAGCAUGUCAUAAAAUACCAUAGCACAUAUUUUAUGUACAAAAAAAAUAGCUCCUUCCAUGCUCAAACCAUCCUUCAGGCAAAGCGACACAAUUCACCGGGGCAAUCACCCAGCUGACUCCGAGACGUGUGUGUAUGCAGUAAUGUCACACUGGGGAGAGGGAGCAUGGGCUGGGUGAGUGUCUGGCGACUCAUUGAUGCACUUACAGCCCCGUGCCGCCACACAUACGUUGACUUCACAUACACACCCAUGGUCCCAUGCUCUUCAUUUUUUUAUUUUGUAGUUUUAUUUUAUGCUGUAUUUUCUUUAUUUCUAAUCCACAUUAAAGUAUUGUAAUGAUUAUUCCACAACUUUAUAGUUUCAUUACAAGUAACAAUGGCAACAUGCCACCUAACAGGCCAACUCAUCCUCAGUUUUUUCCCCUUCCCAGUGAGUCAAGGUAUUGCUAAAGCAAAUUUUGACCUAACAUUAAUUUCUGUAUUGCAUGUUCUUGUAGGCACGUCCAGGUACCCGAAUCAUCAUUGGUCACAAUGAGUUUGGAUAAAAGGAAUUGCACUUUUCUGUAUAUAUUGUAUAAGAACAAAACAAAUUUUUGUUGUUAAAAUGUUUCAAUUCUGAGCACAGUGAUGUGUCUUUCAUAGGAACUGAUAUUUACCUUGUCUUUCCAAACCUUAAAAUAUGUAUUCCGGUAUAUACACCAUUAGCGACAAAUGUUAGUACAGUAUUCACAUCUGGGAAGAAUGAUAAAUAUUUUGAAGAAUAACUUCAAGUUGAUCAAACAUUCUUUUGAAGUGUUAUUGCUGGAAAUAUUUUUACAGAUACAGUACAGUGUAUUGUGUGAAGCAUAAGAACAGAUAAAUGUGUGAGUUUUGUUGUGUGGUAAAACUAUCUACUAUAAUAUUAUAGUAUUUUGAUGUGUCUCAAAUUCUCUGUUAAAUACAGCAUUUACUUUACAUUGUAAGCACAAAAAUUGGCUGUAAAGCACUGGUAAUGAUGUUUGAUGGUGAUUGAUGAUUCCCUAAUACACCCAGAAGUAAUAUUGAUAAGCACAGAUAUUUUUAUUUAGGUAAGACAACCUGGUAAUGAUUGAAGACUUUAUUCUUAAACCUUGUAAUUAUGCUUGACAACAUUUAGAAGAAUUUUUUUUUUUUACUGUAGCUGUCAAGUAAGAAAGAUUAGUGAAGAUGAAGUAAUUAUUGUCCUAAUUCUGUGAGGUGUUAGGUAUAUAUACCAGUGUUGAGGCCUGAAUGUUGUGAUGCUUCUACUGUUGCAUGAGGCACACUGUAGGGAGCUUUUUUUCUUUACAAACUAAGAGAAUCCCAGGUAAUUAAAACAGUGUAAAUACUAUACCAUACAGAGUUAACAGUACAGUAUUUCUCUACAUUACUCAACAUUCUGCCUUCACUUACUAUACAGUAUAUCUAAUACUCACCCAAUCUUGUCUGACACUACGAUGUAACUUUGUGUUUGUUAGUGAGAACUGCAAGUUCCUUUGUCGAGGUCGGUGCUGACUGAGCAAACAUCCAUAGCAUUACAGUGUACCAAGAUUUGUCACGAAAGAUAAAGGAUUACUACUGUAUUUUAUUUUGUAUAUAGUAUACAUGACUGGUAAAUAGAUGUAGUGAGAAUAUGGGAACAUGAGAAGUGUGUCAAACAUGUAAAGGGAGAAAUACUAUGUUCCCGACAGUCAUUUGGGUACAGUAAGAUUAAAUUCUCAAAAUACUUGGGCUGUAGCAACAAGUCUGAGAAAAGUUUGGUGAGGAGUAUUGACAUGUUUCCAUUAGGGUUCUGUACAGCAUAUAGGGAACAGUAUCAGCGUAUUAGCUAUUGGAAUACAUCGGGUAAAGUUACUUAAAAUAUGGGGAGGUGUAUCUACUCAGUUAUUGGGGUUAAGUGAUUUAAGAUACACUAUAUUGUGGGGGGGUGUAUUGUGCAGAAGUCAAUAUGUUAUAGUCAUGGGCAGCUAACUGUAAAUCAGCUUGUGUUAUAGCUAAUAGUCAUUACUUGCUUAGACUAAAACUUAAGAUAUAUAUUAAGGAAAGAAUUAAUACUGUCUACAGUUUUAUAGACAAAGUUUUUAAAAGAUCUGCAGGCAAGAGUAAUGUAUAAUUCACAUUGUCUAUACAGGUACAGUAUACUGUAUAUAUACAGUAUAAUGUAUAUAUUUAUAAUCUGUGUGUGUGGGAUUAAUAGAACACAUUUACAAUACCCAGUAUUUUAUGAGAUGUCUCCUCUCAAUAAAUAUGGGUAAUAACUCGAUUCUGACUCUCACAAAAAGGAUGUGCGCUCAAUAAUUUUAUGUACAGUGGGAAAUACUGUAAAUCUUUUGGAUGAGACAAAUGAUUAAGACCUUUGAUAGAUCAUAAUAUCCCAAGUCUGGUCUUUUUUGCUUCUCCGGUGUGAUAUAAUUUGUUUUUGAAAUGCAUUUAGAAUACAAUUGUGGUCGUGAUAAACUUGUAAUACAGUGUUUGGUUUUGAAUGAAAUUUAUACCUGUAUGGUUCUAUUUAUUAUUACCCUGUAUUGUUGUGAGUAAAGUGUGAGGUUAUGAUGUAUUAUUGAGUGUAACUUGUACUAAAAUAUUGUUUAAAACUUUGUAACUCCUGAAUUUUUGUUUUAUUCUUUUGUGUCUGUUGAUAAAAUUAAAAUUGAAAUUAAUGUUUGAUUGAUAGAUUUUUUAAAGGAAAUUAACAUAAACCUCUCAUAAGGUAGUGCAAUAAUAAUAACUUGAAAUCUCCCACCCCCUCAAAUUCUGUUUUAACUGAGGUAUGCAAAAUAUGUGUAUAAAUAUAUUUUUUCACUGACAUGUGUAAAAAAAAAAAAUAAUAUUAACAAAUGCACUGUAGUUCAUGCAUGUGUUUCUGUGUGUAUAAUACUUGCAUUCAGUGUUAGUUGAUCUAUGCUGAGUUUUUACAUUUUCAGCUUAGCGAUCCUUGGCUCCCUGUCCUCUCUCUAGUGGGUGAAGUUCUUGUGUAUGUUUAUUAUAAUUUGUUAAUGUUGCCAUGAAUAUCUUUUUUGUGAUUAUAUUUAUACUGUGGUUCUUCCUAGUUCACUACUGAUCUGCCCAAUGUAUUAUGUAUAUAGUGCAGUAAUGUAUAGUCAAUUUAGGUGCUAAAUUUUCUUUUUCUUUUAUUUGAUUUGUUCCAGAGGUUUGUCAUAUGGUCCUAAAUAGUUUAUAUAUCAAUAAGUUUGGCUUCAGUUAUGUUUAGCCUGUAAUUUCUUGACAGUCUGGCCUAACCACUCUUUUGUUUUUGUAUAGCAUUCAGUGACAUUUAUUGGAGGCGAGACAAAAAUCAGAAGUUUUCUCCAAUGUUAUAUAAUUCACAUGUAUCACCUGCCUUUAAAUGUACUUUGUCUCAGUCCAAGAACCAGAGUCAUUGUCACUAUUGAGGAGUCUCUUUACUUAAAUCGAUCUUCUGUUUUCCAAAUCUUUUCUUCCGAGUAGAUUAAAAAAAAGAGACCUCUGCCACAUAAGGUCUGAAAUAUGAAAGAAACCGUAAGGAACCUAUUCAUUUUAUUCACAAAGUCUAUAAUGACACAGCAGGGUAAGUUAGUCAUGUAAUAUACUCAAUACACUUCCUUGGUACAUGAUACAGUGUAGGUGAAUUUGACCUCUUGGAUAAAUGUAGGAAAUAUAUAAAUUUUAGAUGCUUUAUAUAAAAUAAUUAUAACCAUAAACAGGACAAAUUAAGAGCCAAGCCGACAUGACAAACUAAAAAAAAAGUGAUUUGAUAAAGGGCAUGCACUUUACCUAUAUACAGUACAGUAUAAUAUGCAAAACUUAUAAUUUUCAACUUAUUUCUUCUGUAUAAUAUGCUUACAGUAUUGUACAGUACUUAGCAUUGUCUAUAUGUAAUUACAGAAUUAAUUUUAUGUAUCGAGCACUUGAGGAACACUCUCUCUAAAAAAGUAUCUAUACGAUUUUGUACUAGACAAUAUUAUGACACACAUGAUGAAGGAUUUUGACAACAUUAACGAGAUAUCUGGAGUCUCGGUGUUCAUUUUGAAAUUCAUCAGACCCCUCCGUAAUGAUACUUUUUGGAGCGAGUUCCACAGUCCCCCAAAAAGUAUAUGGGUAGCAGGCAUACCAACAUAUAACGAUGUACUGGAAAAUAUUAUCAAAGCCAUUUGUGCAGUGUUUCAAAUUGUAAAGACUGAAAAGGUAACGAUACUUUGGGGGGAGGGGGGGGAUGAACCUCAUGGCUGCAGAGAUUGUGUUUUGGAUGUGUUGUUAUAACCUUGUGUUGUAGAUAGUGUAGAUAUUGUACAAACCUGUAGUAACAUGAUGGCUGCCAAGGAGGAGACUUGGAAAGACUUAACAGGCAGUGUGAAUCCUUAGGAAUUUUAUACAAUACAUUCUUAUAAAAUC